AUGCCAACAGUGCCAUUGACGGCAUCUAGGACCGCAGAAGCGGCAGAUGCAAAAGCAUCAGGAGCAGCAGAAGGGAUAAAGCAGGCGGCACCUUCUAACCCUACAGCUCUAUCAGCUGCCUCACCACGACCGGCAGUACUCGCAGAUGUCCCCCUCUCGGCUGCGAAGGUGCGGACGGUGUGUGGGGCGUCUAUAAGCGUAGUGGAGCUGUCGUUCCCACUGCUUGACUCCACACAAAAGUGGGCAGAGCGCCACCUGGACGAGCUCGUCUCCGUUCACCUGCAACAACGGCAGCAACAGCACCAGGGAACUUGGUGCCUCUGCAUUACUGCAACGAGGCAAACAGCAGGGGUUGGCACUCGCAGGGGAGACACCGGAGAAGAGAGGCGUUGGGUCUCUGCUGCAGGAAACUUGCAUGCAACGUAUCUGCUUCCGUGGAAGCAGCAGCAGCAGCGGCUCCUGCUAUACUUGCCAUUUGUUGCUGCACUUUCUGUACAGCGAGUUUUGCAGCAGCUGGGGAUCGCGUGCCCCCAAAUCAAGUGGGUUAAUGACGUGCUUGUAAAUAACAAGAAAAUAGCAGGGGUCCUCUGCCAAAACACGAAUCGCAGCAUUGCUGCUGCAGUUGCUGCUGCUGCUGGGCCAAAGGGAUCUGCAGCAGCAGAAGGGGCGCACGCUCCUGAUGACGUUGUGGUUUUGAUGGGUGUUGGGCUGAAUCUCGUUUCUCACCCCAUGGCUCAGUUGGGUGACUGCUGCUACCAAGGCAGCACAGACGUGCGUGAGGCGCUGCAGCAGCAACAGCAGCAGCAAUGCAAGCAGCAGCAACAACAUAAGCAAGAGCUGCUGCGACAAUGCAACGACCUGGCCUUGUGGCCCCCCCCGUCCUCUCGUCUGCUUACAUCCAAUAACCAUAACAUUAACGGCAGCAACGACAACGACAGCGCUAUUAACAACGAUUUGUCUGUUGAGGGAGUGUUAGGCCUGCUGCAUGAGCAGCUGGGGAAGCUGCUGAUGCUGCUGUUGCAGCAGGGGUUCCCCCCCUUCCGAACUGCUAUAGCGGAACACCUGGCGUACCUAGGUGAGCGCGUUUCUCUAAUGCUGGACGGGAAGCAGCAGCAGCAGCAGGAGAAAUACAGCGGCAUUGUGGAGGGCCUCGGGAAUGACGGCUCGCUCCUUUUGCGGCUCCCAGAUGGUUCGUUACAGGGCUUCACCUCUGGAAGGCUUAUUAUAGAUAACCCCAAACCAUAG